CUAAAUAUAUUAGAUCUAUAUAGCAACAAUUAUUUUUGAAUAUUUGCUGGGAGUUGGAUAGUUACAGAGCGUCCCAAACUGCUUUAUGGGAUUGAAUUUUGAGCAUUUAAAAAAAUGGCGAAUUUCAGCGACGAUGAUUCUCAAGUUGAUGCAAUAUUAGGUCAGAGAAAGAGGAAAGGUGCUCUUGAAUAUCUUGUACGAUGGAGAGGUGAUGGAGACAACAUAGAAAGCUGGGAAUCUGCUUUAUCUAUAGGUUCAGAUUAUGCAAAAGUGAUCCAGAAUUUUUUAGAAAGUAAAAAGAGUGAAAAAAAGCGAUCUACCUCAAGGUCAAGAAAAGUUUCUCGUUCAAGAUCUAGGUCGUCAUCAAGAAAUAGAAAGUCUUCCUCUGCAGAGAAGUCAAAAUCACGUUCACGGUCACGAGGUCGUCCAAGAAAGUCUGAGUCUGUACAAAAUAAAGAGAAGACAACAGAAGAAGUAGACGGAAUAGUUACAUCGACCACUCCAAGUAAAAACACACGCAGCAGAAAGAGUAUUGCCAUAUCUGACGGAAAUUUUAAGGAAUCAGCAAUUGUAGUAAACACUGUAGAAAGCAUUAGUACUGAGUCCAAGAGUAACACAGACUCCAAUAAUAUGGCAGCAGCAACAUCUACAUUCACAAAAGAGUUAGAAGUACAACGUGUUCACAAUGAACGUUGCCUUGUUCGUGAUGACGAUAAAAAAUCUCGAAGCCUUGUUUGGCGAGUGGCUGAUUAUGCAGUGAUUGUCCUCUUUAUUUUGUCCUUUAUGGCUGCACUUUUUUUAUUCCUUGAGAAAAUUGUUGACCUCAAAGAUUUCAAGUCACAGGCUUUUCCAAAUAUGGAGACUUUAAAAACUAGGCUGACAGAUGGUUUUCAAAGCCUCUAUGACAGUACUUUUUAUCUGCUUGAAAGACUGGGUGAUCUGUGGCUUUAUUUAACUCAACAGCCCCAAAAAACCAGUGCUUGAAAUAUUGUUUAUCUUGUCACUGUCCUAGAAAUGGAUCAAACACAUUUUUUACUGCUUCCACUGUUGUCAAAAUCAAAUUUUACUCAAGUGUUUAAUUAUUUUGUAAAUUGGGGUAUUUCAUUGUAGGAGUUGGUAGCAUUUUAUUUUUUUAGUUAGUUAUAAAUUGUUGUUGAGGGAUUGAUAGAUAAAAAUUGUGCUUUAUAAUUAAGGUUAGUGCAAUGGCUGGUGUUAGGCUUAAAUAUUCUAAAUAGAUAUUUCUUUUCAAUAUUUAUACAUUUGGAGUGGUAAGGAACUCCUUUGAUUUCUGAAGUAAGCAGACUUGUAUACUACAGUACUACAUGACUUUAAUUUUGUAACAGCAUUUAGCAAAGAUUGUUAAAAUCAAAUACUGCCUUUAGAUGUAUGUCUUAUUCAUAUGUAAUCACUACCCCCCUCCCCAUUUUUUUUCCCAAUAAAAAAUAAAUUUGGAAACAAAAACUUUCUUUUUAUUUAAAAUAGAAUUUUUUUUUCUAAACGAAUAUUAAAAUACAGUUUCAAUUUAUGCUUGUUAUAAUUUGGACUGAGUCUUUUAAGUUUAUGUUGCACAAUCAUGAUUAUUAAUUUCUGCUAAGAUUUUUACUGAUUUUUGCAUGCAUGCUCAUGACUUUUUUUUUUAGCACAUUUAAGUAGAGCAAGUAGUGUGUGUAUUUUUUUUUUUUGACUCUAUAUAGAAUUACUUUGUGAUUUUGUCUGCCUUGCUAUGCUCUACAUUUGCUUUUUGAUAGUUUGUUUUUCAAUCAAUGAUUGUUUAGCCUAGAUAUAUUGGUGUGUUGUUCACAUAUUAGCUAGUUUCUACUCUGUGCAAUAAAGGUAGAAAAGAAAUGACCAAAGAGUUACAUGUCAAGCUACUGUUGGGCUCCCACUUGAUUUCCAAUCUCUUUUUGAUUUUACCCAUUAUUCUGUGCUGUGUACAUUGUUAGAAUUGCUCUGUCCACACUCAUCCUUGACAUUGCCUUGUGUAUCCUCACCUUGUGUAGUGCCUGUUUUUUUUAAGUAACCCUUUUUUCAUUUUUAGAUCAUUUGAAAGCUUUCAGCUGCUUUCUUAUCAUUCUUGGAGGUCCUUGAAUUAUUUACAAUUUAAAAUAAAAAACGUAAGUUCAUUGAAUUUUUUGGAAGACUCAUAAUUGUUCAUGCAAUGAACAUACAUUCCGGUACCUUAAUAUUUUAGCAAUUUUGUUAAAUGAAUUUUUAAAAUUGAAAAGUUUUGAGAAUAUUGGUUAUUGACAUUUUUUAUAUUGUGGUCAUAUAUAUAUAUAUAUAUAUAUAAAUAUAUAUUUAUAUAUAAAUAUUUUUUCUCUCAUUAAAAAUUUUUUCAAACUACUCCCAAAUAUUAUCUAUGGUAUCUUAAUUUGUCUCUGAAGUCAUCUCUUUGAGUUAUACAUUUUUUUCAAAAUAAGCUUUAUGAUAAUAAAAUUAAAUAAUGUCUACUUGUUUCUCCUUUACUGGGUGCAAACAUAAAAUGUGUAAUGGCCUUUUCUUUUUCUCUCGGAAUACUUUUAAAAAAGAUGUUCUUGAUUUUACAUCUGAUUGACCAACUUGUUGACAAUAUACAUUGUUUGUUUGUUUGUGUAACUAUUCCUCUCGAUAGCUCCUGACUGGGCUUUUUUUUUUUUUUUCUGGUUCAGUAACUAGUGGACCAACAUUUAUUACUACUGGGGCUAGACCUAAUGAUAUAUGGGUUUGGGAUUGAGCAAUUUUCUUUUUUAUGGUUUACAUCUCUGUCAGGAACUUAAUUGUGUAUGUUGUAAGGUUCACCAUUCUCUUAGGAAUCACUUAAUUGUGUAGGUUGUAAGGUUUACCAUUCUCUUAGUGGACAUUAAAUAUAGUUACAGUUUGUAUAAUUAAAAGAGUCCUGCUUGUGGAAUAUAUGUAUCAGACUGUAUAGAUUAACCCAACUUUUGUGUCAUCUGCAUAACCUUGGAUAACUAUCCAUUUUAGUAAAUUUAAGCAUUUUUAUUUUGUAUAUUUGCAAUCAGUCCUGUAUAUAGUUACCUUUGAAUAAUUAACCAAUUUAUCCCAUAGCAUGCAUAUUAUACACACUUUCAUACUAUGCAGAAGUAACAUGUUCAAAAGUGACUAUUUCUAUUAUAACACUACUGUUUUGUAACUAUUAAUUCAAGAAAGAGUGAUGUGAUUCAAGCUUUAUUUCUCUCAUUCCAUGACAUCCAUAGAUCAACACAAAUAGUACUUGAUGUUGUACCAAUGUGAGAAAUUGUAUUCGUUAAAGGAACUAUUGAAUUUAUUAACCCUUAACUUGUUUCCUAUUAUUAUGACCCAACAUUCCCAGAGAAAAAUAUUUUUGUACCAUGUAAGAUUUUUUUUUAUUUUAAGGAGUAGUUAAGCUUAAAACAUGCAAAAUUUUGUUUUUUAAUUUUAAGGUUGAAUGUUGUGUUCUGUUUUUGUGAAUUGUCAUGUAAAUGGUCUCUGUACUUUUCUAUCUCUGUAAUCCUGUGUAGUUGUCCAAAUGUACAAAUAUAUUAAAAGUAUUAAGACAUUUUA